AUGGUCGCUAACCCAAUCACACCACUACCAAAGCUACAACUGGCAAUUGCAGUUCUGAUCCAGGCCGCUGAAGGUCUUUCUGCGACGGUCAUCUUCCCAUUCAUACCCCAGUUUGUCCGCGAUACUGGUAUUACAGGUGGAGAUGAGCGUAAAACGGGGUAUUGGGCUGGGAUAUUGGAGUCCAUCUUUUUCAUCGCGGAAUUCUUUUCCGUGUAUGGCUGGUCUGUCGCAUCAGAUAUGGUAGGCCGUCGCCCUAUUCUGCUCCUUGGACCUCUCGGUCUGUCUAUUUCCCUGUUUGGAUUCGGGCUUUCGCGGACAUUCUGGGGACUGCUUUUCUGGAGAUGUGCCCAGGGUGUGUUCAACGGCAACAUCGGUGUUGUCAAAACAGUCAUGGCAGAGUUCUCGGAUAGAAGUAAUUUGGCACACGCGAUGUCAUUUAUUCCUGUCGCAUGGAGUUCUGGAACUACCAUCGGCCCAAUUCUCGGUGGUGUCCUAUCUGAUCCGGCUUCCCACUUCCCCGCGCUUGGAGACCUGUUUCCGCUUCUCAAGACUCAUCGUUACUUCUUACCCUGUGCUGCCGUGGCGCUGAUUUGUUUCUCCAUCUUUGUUCUGGGCUGGGUCGGAUUGCGCGAGACUUCACCAAUCAUUCUGGCCCGUCGCAGUCGUGCCAUUUCGAAUGCAAACUUGAUGCCCUCGCCGGAAACAGGUCUGCUGGCGGACUCGCCAGAGACGGGAUAUGGUACUUCCAGCGACACCACCGUGACGUCCUCUGAGGCGGAAGAUGAGCGCAUUCCUGCCCUUCGAGAACUUUUGGUUCCACGGUUAUUAAUCCCCCUUCUCAACUACGGGUUCUUCUGCUUUUGUCAAACGGCAUAUCAAGUCCUCCUCCCAUUAAUGUUUUCAACCUCGAUCCCUCUCGGAGGGCUUGGCUUUACGCCCUACCAAAUCGGCGUCGUUCGUGGCAUUUGGGGGCUCUGCAACACGUUCUUCCAACUCGUUCUCUCAGCGCGUAUCAUCAACUUCCUCGGCCCGCGCGUCGCCUACAUCUUUGCGUUCGCCAAUUUCGCGUUGUGCAUCGGCACAUACCCGCUGAUGAGCUACUUUGCCCUACAAGCAGGGCAAGUUGACGGGUGGGUUUGGACGCUGAUCGUCGUCCAAGGCAUCGCCAAUAUCUGCAUUUCAAUGUCGUAUGUCACGGUCCAAAUGUAUAUUGUCACCUCCUCCCCUCGCCCCGCCGCAUUGUCAUCUACGAACUCAAUCGCUCAAAUGGUAUCGACAAUUCUGCGCGGGCUCGCACCGUUUCUUGCCUCUGCCCUCUUCGCAUUCUCUCUCGAACAAGGCUCGCAGCUCGUAUAUAUCGUGCUGCUGGGAACCGUUGCUCUUGGUGUCUACACGUCGUUCUGGCUGCCAGAAGAACUGAAGGUUUGA